AUGCCACAUGUCGAAUCUGACGGUGAAAUUGAAGGGUAUGGGUCUGCAGAUGGAGCAGAAAAGAAGGACUCACUUGAUCGUGAUGACUUGGCGGAGCCAGAAAGCAGAAAAAGCAGGAAUCAGGUGCAUCCCUGGCUUAGAAGACUCUUAUUUGAACCAGAACUGCGUGCGAUCGAAAAGGUGUCUAAAGAGCUUGAGAAGGAGAAAGAGGUGGCAUAUAAUACGGAAACCGAGAAUGAAUCCUACGAGAAAGGAGAGGAGGAGGUGAGAGAUAUGAAUGUGAGCUGCGUCGAUCAUCUGAAAAAGAGGAUAAAAACACUCUGA